AUGAAGGACAGCGGGGACUCCAAGGACCAGCAACUCAUGGUGGCGCUCCGGGUCCGGCCCAUCAGCGUGGCGGAGCUGGAAGAAGGAGCCACCCUCAUCGCCCACAAAGUGGACGAGCAGAUGGUGGUUCUUAUGGAUCCAAUGGAGGAUCCUGAUGACAUCCUACGGGCACACCGCUCCCGGGAGAAGUCCUACAUGUUCGACGUGGCCUUUGACUUCACUGCCACCCAGGAGAUGGUGUAUCAGGCCACCACCAAGAGCCUCAUCGAAGGUGUCAUCUCAGGCUACAAUGCCACCGUCUUUGCCUAUGGCCCCACAGGCUGCGGGAAGACCCACACCAUGCUGGGCACAGACCACGAGCCCGGCAUCUACGUCCGGACCCUCAACGACCUCUUCCGAGCCAUCGAGGAGACCAGCGACGACAUGGAAUACGAGGUGUCCAUGUCCUACUUGGAGAUCUACAAUGAGAUGAUCCGGGACCUGCUGAACCCUGCCCUGGGGUACCUGGAGCUGAGGGAAGACUCCAAGGGGGUCAUCCAGGUGGCGGGAAUCACCGAGGUCUCCACCAUCAACGCCAAAGAGAUCAUGCAGCUGCUGAUGAGGGGGAACCGGCAGAGGACCCAGGAGCCCACGGCCGCCAACCAGACGUCCUCGCGCUCCCACGCUGUGCUCCAGGUGGCCGUGCGCCAGCGCAGCCGGGCCAGGGACGUCCUGCAGGAGGUGCGGCAGGGCCGCCUCUUCAUGAUCGACCUGGCUGGCUCUGAGCGGGCCUCCCAGACACAGAACCGUGGGCAGCGCAUGAAAGAGGGGGCCCACAUCAACCGCUCGCUGCUGGCCCUGGGCAACUGCAUCAAUGCGCUGAGCGACAAGGGCACCAACAAGUACAUCAACUAUCGUGACAGCAAGCUCACCCGCCUCCUGAAGGACUCCCUGGGGGGAAACAGCCGCACCGUGAUGAUCGCCCACAUCAGCCCAGCGAGCAGCGCCUUCGAGGAGUCCCGGAACACCCUGACCUAUGCCGGCCGGGCCAAGAACAUCAAGACUCGGGCGAAGCAGAACCUGCUCAGUGUCUCCUACCACGUCGCCCAGCACACGAACAUCAUCGCUGACCUCCGGGGCGAGAUCCAGAGGCUCAAGGGCAAGAUCGAGGAGCGGGGCGGGCGCAGCCCGGACCGAGCCCAGCUGGGGCGGAGCGACAUCCGCCACAUCCAGGCCGAGGUGCAGCAGCAUAGUGGGCAGGGCGAACAGGCUGCGAUGGAACACCUUCGUGAGCAGCUGAUCAGCACCUUCGAGGAGCAGAUGGACAUGCGGAGACGCCUGCUGGAGCUGGAGAGCCACGGCAUGGAGCUGCAGAUGGACACCUCCCGCCACCUGCUCACCAUUGCCGGCUGGAAGCACGAGAAGUCACGCCGGGCACUCAAGUGGCGGGAGGAGCGUCGGAAGGAAUCCUUCACUAAGGAUGACCCCGGGAAGGACUUGGACACCGGUGAUGGCCAGCCAGACAUCGAGGAGCCCGCCGAGGUGGUGUCCGCCCACGAAAGCAUCGCUGCCUUGAUGACCGAGCAGAAGAAGCUGCGAAAGCAGAAGCUGGCGCUGGAGCAGCGGUGCCGAGAGCUGCGCGCGCGGGGCCGCCGCCUGGAGGAGACGCUGCCGCGGCGUGUCAGCUCGGAGGAGCAGCGCGAGGCGCUCGGCCUGCUCUGCCGCGUGCACGAGCUGGAGCUGGAGAAAGCCGAGAUGCAGUCGCACUCCCUGCUCCGCGACGGCGCGCUCCGCCACCGCCGCGAGGCCCUGCGCCGCCUGGAGCAGCGCCGCAGCCUCUGCGAGGAGAUCAUCCGCGCCCAGCGGCAGCUCAUCCAGGACUGCAACCUGGCCGUCCCGCAGCACCUGGAGGAGCUGUAUGAAGUGUACCUGAGGGAGCAGGAGGAGGGCAACCUGGAGCGCGCCACCAUGAUGGACCGCCUGGCCUCUCGGGCCUUGCAGGACAGCGCCUUGCCCAAGAUUAGCCCCCCAGGAACCGUGCCGACCCCGGAGGAGUCUGACCUAGAGAACGUCAAGAUGCCGAGCUCCGAGUCCCCGCACCAACACAAGAGCUUCCUCCCUCUGCUCAGCACUGAGAGUGAAGCCAACCACGUGUUCAAGGCCAGCUCCCGGGCUUGGCAAGCGAAGGGCUCCUCUGUGCCCACCCCACCCCCUAUCCCGGCCGGCAACCUGGUGACACAGGAGGCCGCCACUCAGGUUAGUCUGAACGGCCAGAUCAACUCCUCCCCUGAAAGCAUCGAGAAUGUGUCGGAGAUCCCCUUGUCCCGCAAAGGGAGGAAGGAGAUCAUGAGCGACACGAAGAGCAUCUCCGUGAAGGCUGCCCGGCGCCGCUCUCAGGCUGUGGGGGCCGAGGGGCGCCAGCUGCUCGCACCCACCAUGAAGCACAGCAGCCUGUCUCUGCACUCGCUGGGCGAGACUGAUGACGUGCAGCCGCCUGGACCACAGGCCUGCAAGCGGCCGCCCAGCCCCACCCUCCAGCACGCUGCCAGCGAGGACAGCCUGUCCAGCAGCACGGGCGAGGCGCCAUCCCAGGCAGUCGAACGUCAUGGCGAUGGCCCCUGUCCCGCGCUGCAAGCCCAGAAGAAAAGCCUAAGCAAGAAACGAGAGGAGUCUCUGGAGGCAAAGAGGAAGCGGAAGUCCCAGUCUUUUGAAGUCACGGGACAAGGGCUGUCCCGCCCCAAGACGCACAUCGCUGGGCCCCGUCCCAUGGAGAGUAACAUCUCAGACCAGAGGAUGCCAGUGGUUGGGCACCUAACCCCUAGCAUCCGGCACCUGGGAAAGGCCACGCUGCCUAUGGCCAACGUCAAACUCCCUCCGUGCCAGAACUUGGGCCCUGAGGACCUCUCCCCCGUUGCUGCCCCCUCCAACCCAGCGGAUGUUCCUGGACGGGUUACUCGGGUGCCUCGCCUGCCCCAUGGCACAAGCACCCAAAGCAAAGAUGGACGCUUGCGGCACAACUGA